AUGCAGAGCACUACGCUUGCUCUGUCUCCUUCCACCUCGUUUCUCAAACCUCCAUGUCGAAACUCUAUUCCUAAAGCCUUUCAGCUUUUACCCUCGACGUAUGAUCAUUUGACGGCCAGGGCUGCUUCUGUGCCCGAGAGUGCUGACGAGGCCUCGAAGCAGAGCGGAUUGGUUAAGACCUUGCAGCUUGGUUAUAUGUACCUUUUGAAUAUUUACUUCAACAUCUACAACAAACAGAAGCUAGAAUUUGAAGGCCAGAGCUUGUUCAUAGGUUCUGAAAGUCUAUCCAUUUCCAGCAACGGUCACAGCGUUUCAGUUUGGCUGCGGGACUGUGAUGUUAUCCUGAUGUGGGCUCUUAACCUCUACCCUAGACCAAAUCUCACUCGCUCACAGCAAUUCUACCGCUGGCUGUGGCACACGGUCGGAAACUUAUUGACUAACAUUAGUCUUGGGAAAAUUGCUGUUUACUUCACUCACACAAUCAAGGCCAUGGAGCCCUUCUUCACAGUUGUAUUCUCUGCUCUUUUGCUUGCUGAGGUGGAGUGGCAUUGGCAUCCUUCACUGAGGCCUUUUAAAUGGAUCGGUUUCGGUAGUGCAAUGGCCUCUAAUGUUACAAACCAAUCGCGUAAUGUACUCAGCAAGAAGUUCAUGGAAUCAUUGGACAAUAUCAAUCUCUUCUCAGUGAUCACUAUCAUUUCCUUCAUCCUGUUGGUUCCUUCGGCGAUUCUAUUGGAAGGCGUUAAAUUUACUACUCCUUACCUGCACUCUGCUGUUUCUUAUAUGAUACUGCAGAUGGUAUCACCAGUGACUCACGCAGUCGGAAACUGUGUGAAGCGUCUGGUGGUGAUAGUCUCCUCAGUCAUCUUCUUCCAAACCCCCGUCUCACCGAUGAACGCACUCGGGACAGCUUUUGCUAGAUCUCGCAGGAAUGUUCUUGUAUUCAAGAGCCAAGAGACUCAAACCAAAGCCCAAUUAGUGAUGCAUGAAUUGUAA